AUGAGUUUUCCUACUGUUAUAUCCUUAUUUGCAGAUUUUCGCAAAGAUGAACCGUCGACAGUCGAACUUGAAACAACAACAUCGGAUAUAGUAUCAUUCCCUUCAGAACCGAAAAAUCAGAGGCGAAAGAAACACACGAGAGCAGAGUUGAGCGAAAAGCGAAGAUUAGCUCAUGAUAAGAAGAUUUUUGGUCUUGUAAAACCUGAUGUUACAACGAAUAAAGAAAAAGAACGACUAUUGAAAAGAAUUGCCACGAAAGGUGUGGUUCAGUUAUUUAAUGCAGUUGCCGAACGGCAACGAAUAUUGGUUGAAGAAAUGUCGAAAAAAAUGAGCGCUAAAGAGCGAAGAGAAACGGAACGGAGGCUAGAGGGAUCUAACUUUAAAGUUUACAAAGAAGAUGGUGAAGAUAGUGUCAGUAAGACGGAGCCUCAAGAAAGCGAUGAAGAGAGCGGGUUGAAGCAGGAAAAUGACUCGGAUUAA